CAUCAUUAAAUAAAAUUUAAACCGAUCAUUAAAUUUAUACGUCGGUACAUGUAAUCCAAAUCAAUGUAUUUUAUGGCUUUGUAAUAAUAACUACGCUACAAGCUAUCCGACGCACGUUCGCCUCUCCCGACUUCACGUGACAGCAUAUCAACGUGACGUGAGAGAGCCGCGCGGAGGAGAUGGAGAUGGAGGAGCAAGGCGAAAACAGCUCGCGGGAAGAGAUGAGAGAGCCGCUGGUGAAGCGUUCACCGGCCGACGAGGAGGAAGCGGAUGGCGCCGGAACGGCGCAUCAGUGGAUGGUUUACCUCAGCACCUUCGUAGCCGUGUGUGGUUCUUAUGCGUUUGGAGCCUGUGCAGGCUACUCCUCGCCUACGGAAUCCGCUAUUACCGAAGAUCUGAAUCUGUCGCUUGCAGAGUACUCUUUGUUCGGUUCCAUACUGACUUUCGGUGCAAUGGUUGGAGCGAUUACUAGUGGACCGAUUGCUGAUUUCAUCGGUCGCAAAGGGGGAAUGAGAGUUUCAAGCGGUUUCUGCGUCGCCGGCUGGCUAGCAAUUUACUUCGCUGAGGGGGCUCUUGUUCUGGACAUUGGGAGACUGGCAACAGGAUAUGGAAUGGGAGCCUUUUCCUAUGUGGUACCUGUAUUCGUAGCUGAAAUAGCACCCAAGAAUCUGCGGGGAGCUUUGACGGCGCUAAAUCAGGUCAUGAUUGUUGCUGGUGUUUCCGUCGCCUAUAUAAUCGGCACAGUGCUGACAUGGAGGGCUUUAGCAUUAACUGGAUUAGUUCCAUGUGCCAUUCUUCUUUUCGGUCUCUUUUUCAUUCCAGAGUCUCCCAGAUGGUUGGCAAAAGUGGGGCAUCAAAAGGAUUUUGAAGUUGCACUACAAAAACUGAGAGGCAAGGAUGCUGAUAUAUCUGAAGAGGCAGCUGAAAUCCAAGAUUAUAUAGAAACUCUUCAGCGGCUCCCAAAAGCCAAAUUUCUGGAAUUGUUCCAAAGAAGAUACUUGCGCUCAGUCAUUAUUGGAGUCGGACUGAUGGUUUGUCAACAAUUGGGGGGAAUCAAUGGAAUCUGUUUCUAUGUCGCCAGUAUUUUUGAGUCAGCGGGAUUUUCUUCUAGCCUUGGAACUAUUCUAUACGCUUGUCUCCAGCUGCCUGUUACAGCAAUAGGUGCAACCUUAGUGGACAGAGUUGGAAGAAAACCCCUGAUAUUGGUCUCUGGAACAGGCUUGGUCCUAGGUUGUAUCCUACCCGCGAUUUCAUUCUAUAUGAAGGAAAACGAAAUUGCGGUCAAGGCAUCCCCCAUACUUGCUGUAACUGGCAUACUGGUAUACAUUGGAUCAUUUUCAGUGGGAAUGGGAGCAGUUCCUUGGGUUAUAAUGUCUGAGAUAUUCCCCAUAAAUGUCAAAGGCGUAGCAGGAAGCCUGGCAACACUAAUGAACUGGUUCAUAGCGUGGUUGGUAUCCUACACUUUCAACUUUCUCAUGAGCUGGAGUUCUUACGGUACUUUCGUUGUUUAUGGCGCGAUCAAUGUACUUGCAAUAUUGUUCAUCGCUUUUGUAGUUCCAGAAACCAAGGGGAGGUCUUUGGAACAAAUACAAGCUGCCAUCAAUGCUUAAGUUAGAAGAGUUACAAGUUGC